AUGGCGACCGUGACGCAGACAGAGACCAGCAGCGUCCCUGCGACCUUUGAGCUGCAGAGCCAACACGAGAGCCCCAGGAACUCGCUCCACGACCCUGAACCCGAGCAUGUGUCGGACAAACCUAGCAAAGCGGAUCUGCUUAGGAUCAUGAGCGUUGCAUUCUCCUUCUUUGUCGCCGGAGUGAAUGAUGGCAGCGUUGGAGCCCUUGUCCCCCAUGUGAUCCGAGAUUACAAUGUUACCACGGCCAUUGUAUCAUCUGUCUACGGAGCUAACUUUAUGGGUUGGUUUCUCGCCGCCUUUUCAAAUACGCAUCUGUGCCAAAUCCUUGAUCUAGGUGCUAUGCUCGCUCUGGGUGCUGGAUUGCAGGUGCUGGCUCAUGCUCUACGGGCCUGGCGACCACCCUUUGCCCUGUUCACUAUCACUUUUAUGCUGGCUAGUCUUGGCCAGGCUUACCAGGAUACACAUGGAAACACCUUUGUUGCGGGCGUAAAAGGAUCGCAUCGAUGGCUCGCGUUCAUCCAUGCAAUGUACAUGGCUGGUUGCCUUGUCGGACCAUUCGUGGCGACCGGUGUUGCUUCAGCCGGAAGUGUAUCGCGAUGGUAUCUCUUCUACAUUUUCCCUCUAGGAAUUGGAGUUCUCAACAUGGCCCUUGUUGCAGUGGCUUUCUGGGACACGAUGGGAAUCAAGAGAAAGCAGCCCGUCACAGAAAGGACACUGGAAGCUGAUGACGAGACCCCUGCUUCAAGAAGUGAGGAUGCCUUCCUCCUGAUGAAGGAGGCGCUGAGGACUAAGAGUGUCUGGCUGAUUAGCCUCUUCUUCUUCUUCUUCCUUGGCGCUACUCUCACGGCUAGCGGAUGGAUUGUUGAGUAUCUCGUUGCCGUUCGCGAUGGAAACAUCAACCAGAUGGGUUUUGUUCCUGCGGGUUUCAGUGGAGGAUCUCUACUUGGAAGAUUGUUUCUGGCUGAACCAACGCACCGCUUUGGGGUCCGGAGGAUGAUUUUCGGCUUCACUAUCAUCAGCAUUGGUCUUCAGAUUUUGUUUUGGCUUGUCCCCAACAUCAUCGCGGCUUCAAUUGCUAUCAGUUUGCUGGGCUUCUUCAUGGGCCCCUACUUCGCUACGCUCUUUGCUCCUCGGAUCCGGUCAACGGCUCUGUCAUUUGUCUUUGUCUUUGCACAACUCGGAGGUUGCCUAUUUCCCAUCAUCACGGGUCUCUUUGCAGCCAGCGCUGGUGUUGCCGUCUUGCAGCCCGUUUUGUGCGGGCUGCUGACCGCCACGGCUGUCACCUGGUUGUUCGUUCCAAUGCCAAAGGAGGGCGAUAACCCAGCCUUGCACCAAGAGUAG